ACAUUUCCGCAAAACAAUCGCGUCGGACAGUUUUUGUGCUUCUGUUUGAAAUUUGGCAAAGAAAGCUCAGAGAUACGAAACGAACGAUUAUCCUACUAAAAACAGUAAUUUGUGCAUUGUUCUUCGGUGGCUAGGAUUUCUUCGCAUAUUUUACUGCCUGUAAUAAUGGGAGAUCUACCAAACAAACGUUACGGUGCAAGAGCAUCAGACACUUCAGCGGUUGUGAAAGAAGAAUUUCCCGAUGAAGACAUUUUCAACGAUCACACUGUGGAACAGCAAAUGGUAGAUUUAGAGGAAGCAAGCUCUUCGUCUUGUAGCAACAAGGACCCAUUGACAGACGAAAUAGAAAUCGGCGACACAGGCAUUACUUUUCAGCAGGCAAUAUUUACGAUACACGACUUCGAUAUCAAAGCAGAACCAAUAACUGUUGAUACCAAGAAAAGAAUUGAAGACAAUGACGAUAUCCUUGAAACAAGCCCAAAGAGAAGAAAACGCGAUGAUAAAGAUGAAACGGACGUAAAUUCGCAAGAAUCGAAUUUUUCUAUUGCAGCAUUUUCAUCAGAAUCAUCAACAAGAACCCAAACAAGGCAUAAAGUACCGAAAACUACUUCAACUCUUCCCAACAAUGACAGCUUAACAAACGAAGUUAUCUUGCAAUAUCUCCGGUGGAUGGAAAAUGAAAUUAAAGAAUUAAGACAAACGCUAAAAUCCAAGUUUAACGAAAUCAAGACAUUGAUAAAUUCCGGUACGAAUAGUACUUCUGAGGUAUUCAACGAGGUGUCAACGAGGAAUCAUUUUGAUUUCGAAAUCAUAAAAUCAGAAGAAGAAUUAGUUAGCUUUGAGGAACGUUUAGCGACCGAGGCGUAUUUUGAAUCUAUGUUAUCGUGGUUAACUAGUCGCAUCAGACGCGACCAUCCGUCGAACCGAAUGCAUGACUGCUUGGACUUGCUGUUUGAUAAAUAUUUUUUUGGCCGUUGUACAUGGACAGGCUACGGUAGAACUGGUCCAAAAGUCAGGUUUUCUGAUAAAACAAAUGUGUUUGAAUUGAUCAGAUUUACCGGUAGGUGCGACUACGGGAUACCGACCAUUGAUGCAGUUAGCAGCUUUCUUAAACUUAAAUUGAAACACGCUAGUGCGCGGACGAAAAACUCUUUUACUCGAAGAAGCAGUUGUAGAACGAGGCGGAAUAAAACUGAUGACUAACGGAAUAUGUUUGUUUUUUUUUUUUAAUUGUCACUGGUUUAUGUUUUCAUUAGGUGAUUGACGAUGAUGUGGGUAUUAAUAUAUAUUUUUGGUUUAUAUUUUUUAUGUGGUUUCAUUAUUAAUUCAUUGUUCUGUGUUUUUAUUCAAAUUUUUCUAUUUUUUUUAAUUGAAUAAGAUCUUUAAGAUAAGAUUAGUUGAAAAUGUUCAACG